AUGGCUGCCUUCUUGUGUUGGUGUGCUUUUGGCAUGCUCAAUCAGAACAGAAGUCCGUCCAAGGAGUUUGAGAAGGAUAUAGUGUCCAUCUUAUAUGCCACCCGCUUGCCUAAGUCCUCUAUUGUCAUUGCUUUGGAGUACUUGAACCAGCGUUUCUCCAACACCUACCUCGGCAACUUGUCUGAGCUGGAGAUGUUUGUUAAGAUUGUCGUUGCUUUGGUUUUGGCCAACAAGUUCAACGAUGACAACACUUUCACCAACAGAUCUUGGUGUGGUGCUACUGGUUUGAGAAUCGAGCUCCUAAACUCUGAGGAGGCCACUUGGUUGAAGGAAGUGAACUGGAAAUUGAACGUGGUUAAUUUUCAAGUUAACAUUAAGACUCUAGAGGAGUGUUGGAGAACGUGGAUGUCUAAGUACUCUACUCUGCCAGCCAUGCCAGCUGUUUCUGCUAGCUACUGCUCUCCUGCCUUGUCUAACGACAGUUUUCACAACUACUCGUCGAUUCCCUCGUCGCCAGUUUAUGAGUCCUCUGGCUCUUCGAUGUAUAAUACGUCGCCCGAGUCCUCAUCGCCAAUCAAGUUCUCGCUGGACUGGCCUGUCAACUCCAUGCCAUUGUCCCAACCUCACUUCCACGCAGGGCCCAAUCCUUACGUUCCAGUUCAACCACAAUCUAUCUGGUCGUACACUCCAUCGCAGUAUCAGUAUGUGCCUCCGGUCAACGAGUUGGGCUACUACGGAUGCGCCAAUCCCUAUUACUGCAGUAUGGCAUCGUGCUAG